UGUAAAACUGAAAAAUUUUGAGCUAUGAUUACGGCUAUGAUUUUUGAGACAAUUUUGAGAAAACGAUUUGUUACCAAAUUGGCAUACCAAUUAAUAUAUACCCAAAGUGCAAAUUUAGCAUGCUAUUUGUAAAUAGUUUAGUUUAAAGUACGAUUUUGUGUGGUAAAGGACAAAAACUAAAUCAAAACAUAUGCAAUGCAAAACAAAGUCCAUGAUGGAACAGUGAAGGUUACACCAUAUUUAUACGAUUCUUAUCUUUGCCGAUUAUGUGCAAAUGAAAAUCUAAAUGGUACAAAAAUUUUUCCGAAAAACGAAAACGAAUCUGAUUUAAGUCAGCUUAUUAAUAAAUAUUUGCCCCUGAAGGUUUAUGAUGACGGAAAAUUGCCACAGUUAAUUUGUCCAGGUUGUUACAUUCAAGUGGAAGCCACUAAACAAUUUUUAGAUCUGGUUUUAGAAGGUCAGAAAAAGCUUCGUGAUUUGUUGCAAUUACAAGAAACUGAAGAACACUUAGAUGGAGAUAUUGAAAAGACAACUCUGGAAAAUGCAGUUAAUACAUAUGUACAAACAGAUGAGAAUGGCAGAAAUAUUUUUAUUCAAGUAUUAUCGAAUGGCUCCUUAUAUCCACCUGAACAUUCACUAUCAGUACUUGCUGCGGGUUCAGAAAAACCAAAGAGAAGACGCGGUAGGCCACCCAAAACGAUAACUACAGAGUGCAAUGAAAAUGAGCCGCAAAAAGAGACAAAAGUCAAACCUGAAUCUGAAGAUGAACCUGAAACUGACAAUGAUGGACGAAGAAAAAGGAAAAUAAAAGUACCUACAAGAUUUCAAGAAGUUGUCCAGGGGAAAGAACUGGAAAGAAUUUUUCUAGAAGAAGGUGUUAUAGGUGAAGAUUCAACAUCAGAUUAUGAACAUGGUAAAGCAGAUCACUUAGAAGAUAAUGAAAUUAUUGGUCGCUUACAAAGUAAAGAUGGUGAUAAUCUUGGAGAAUUAAUUAUAGUUAACAGAGUCUCAAGUAAAAUGAGGAAUACAUUUAAGAAUGAAGUAUCAAGAAGAAGAAAAAAACAUGAAUGUGAAAUAUGUGGGAAGGAAUUCUUAUAUUAUGGUCGAUAUGAAAAUCAUAAAUCACUUCAUGAGAAUGGUAAAUUUCAGUGUAAUUCAUGCAUUUUUCGUGCUAGUAACAAAAUUUCCAUUGAACGACAUCAUAAAGUUACUGGUCAUAAUGGCUUAUCACAAUUACAGUGUGAAUCAUUUAAAGAAGAACCUCAACAAGAUAUAAUCAAUGUAGAACAAGAAACUGAUGAUACCAAUACUCCUCAAUCAAAUUCCACAGACACAGUAGGUUUAAAAGAGUGUUCUGAAGAUAGUAAGGAAGAUAGUCCUCAAGAUGCUUCUAGUAAAAAUUCAUGUGAAGUAUGUGGCAAAAAUUUUAUGUGUAGACAAAAUCUUGAUGUCCAUAUAAAGGCAGUACAUAAAAAUAUGAAACCCCAUCAGUGCAGUAGGUGUAAAAAAACGUUUCCCUAUCUCAAUAGUCUAAAGUGGCAUUUAUUAAAACACUUAGAUAAAAAUGAAAAGCUUUAUCCAUGUGAGGUAAGAGUUGUAAGGGAAAAUAACAAAAUAAUUUUAGUCCCUUUUAUAAUUGUUAAAUUAUAAUCAAGUGAAAGUUUUCAGUUUAAACUUUAGUUAUUUUGGAAGAAAUUUGUUUUUGUAAUAUAAGCUACACAAAUCAUUCACUAAAUUAUAAUACAUAGAAAAAAUAACAUCCUAACAAUGUUUCUAUCACAAAUUUUUGGUAGACCAUUUGCACACAUUAUGCUAAUGCACAUUUUUAUUAAAGAUAUUUAUUUGUUUAUUCAUUUGCGGGUGUGAUCCAUUUAUAUAAGUAACUUUAAAGUUUAUUU